UUUGUGACAUCACCCCUCCAAAUGGUACUGUUACCAGUUCUCACAUCCACAGUAUGUUCAUUUCUGCUGCAGAUAAUCCAGCUUCUAAUCAUUUUUAAGAAUAAGGAAGAAAAGGCAAGAAACACAGGAGGAAUCUGCAUUUGUGGAGACAACUGUAAAUGCACAUCCUGCAACUGUAAGACAUGUCGGAAAAGUUGCUGUCCUUGCUGCCCACCUGGCUGUGCCAAAUGUGCCCAAGGCUGUAUUUGCAAAGGAGGAUCCAAUAAAUGUAGCUGCUGCCCAUGAAAUUUCACAUUCAAUGAUAGGGUUGGGUUGGGGAGGGGAAGGAUCUCCAGGAAACCUUCUGUAUAUUUGCUUAUUGGAGAAAAUGACGUCCAUGUACAAUGUAUUGUAUUUUUUAUAUAUUUGUCCAAGCUUAAGCUCAGUAACCUUCAUAUAAGGCAAUCGUAACAAUAAAAGCCUCAUUAUGUUUAUUGA